GUGGUGGUGGUGAUGACGGCGGUGGUGAUGGUGGUGGUGGUGGUGACGGCGGUGGUGAUGACGGCGGUGGUGAUGGUGGUGGUGGUGAUGACGGCGGUGGUGAUGACGGCAGUGGUGACAGGUGUUUGUGGUGAUGAAGGCGGUGGUGACAGGUGUUGGUGGUGAUGGCGGCGGUGGUGACAGGUGUUGGUGGUGAUGACAGCGGUGGUGACAGGUGUUGGUGAUGACGGUGGUGGUGGUGAGUUGAUGGUGGUGAUGGCAGUGAUGGUGGUGGUGGUGAUGGUGAUGGCAGUGUUGAUGGUGGUGGUGGUGAUGAUGGUGGUGGUGAUGGUGGUGGUGGUGAGUUGAUGGUGGUGAUGGCAGUGAUGGUGGUGGUGGUGGUGGUGAUGGCAGUGUUGAUGGUGGUGGUGGUGAUGAUGGUGUUAGACCCUCAGCAGUGAUUGGGGUCAGCCGCCAUGUCCACUCCACCAAUUCCACCUCCAUUGACAUCGGCAGCGGCAGUGAUAGGUUAGAGUAUUUCUGUUAUCAUUAAGGGAUUAUUGAAGAAAGGGUAGCCUAAUUAUUUUGACAUUUAUCCCUAACUAUUUGGGUGUUAUUCCAGAAAUCAGAUGUGGUUAGGUUAGAUUAAUUCAUCUUUUUACUCAUCUUUUCCGUUAUUUUGAGCGCUUUUUACCAUUUAACGUUCUAUUUACUCAAUGGUUAGGUUAGAUUUGGUCAGGUUGCCUUGGUAAAAAUGGGGCAGGCUUUGCACAGCUCCAUUGUCACUGGUAGUUGGUGGGUGUAUUUCUGGAGUUUUACCUGUGAUAUGAAGGUGAUAACUCUCACUAUAUAUAGAUGUUAAUUUCUUUCCAUAUAUGUAUCACUAGCUUUAAUGGGGACUGGGUGGCCCCAUACUUCUGCCUGCUAAAUUUUCGGCUGGCCCCGGCCCAUGAUUUUUAUUUAUUUAUUUAUUAUAAUAUUGAAUUGCAUACGUACUUUUUUCAAACGAACUUUAUCCCUUACAAACAUUUGCUUACGAAAAAUUGCAUACGAAUUUUAUGCAUGCGAACUAUUUCCAUACGUACUGUGGUCCUAGAAUCAUUAUAAAGAGCGGAGCAAUUCUUGUCUAAACCCUGUAAUAGAAUAAGUCUUUGUAGGUCACAGGAGGGCAUAGACAAGGGAGGUUAGGUUCUCAGGUAAUAUUUCCUUUGUCUUGUUUCCCUGUUAGCUUUGAGGGUCAGGGUGGACCACUGGCCGCCACCUCCUCCUUGCCCUCAUGCUAAACCUUUACUACUGUUCCUAUAGACAUAAGAAGAAGAGGAAGAGGAGGAAGAACAAGAGGAGGAGGAGGAGGAUGAAGGGGACACACAGGAAUCAAAUGAGUGGUGGCACUGCCCGGCACUUCCUCAAGAAGGCUCUCCUGCCCCUGACUGGCUGGUGUGACAGUGUUGGCAGUCUGCUGCUUCUUGAGACAAGAAGAAGAAGAAGAGGAAGAAGAGGAAGAGGAAGACUGACAGACAGACAUUCCAUUGAGACAAGAAGAAGAAGAAGAGGAAGAGGAAGACUGACAGACAGACAUUCCAUUGACUAGAAGAAGAAGAAGAGGAAGAAGAGGAAGAGGAAGAGGAAGACUGACAGACAGACAUUCCAUUG